GAAAUCCCUAAUUUCGCCCCCGACUAUUGUAAAAGUAUGGAACCUUGACCUAUCGUCUAUAAACCCCCCACAAUUCCUUUAUUAACUUGACAAAAAGCUGGGCAAUUUUUUCCUAUUUCAAAAGGUAGUUCAACAUUUAUUUUAGUUUAGUAUUUAUGUAGUAAAGUUUGCAAUUUUAAUGAAUCAAAUGAAACGAAAUACUUUAUGUUAUUACAUGCACAAAACAAUAACAAUGAAAAACAUGACAAUUUUUUCAUGUAUGAUAAUUAAUUAAUUAAUACAUCUAAAAGGAGUAAUUUAAUUUAAUCCAUUGCCAGAUAUACACACAACAUAUUACACACAGUAAACACAUAUUGCGUGUGUGGAAACACACACAGUCAUGCAUAACUGCUUGUUCUGUAGACUAAACUGCAUAAUAAGUUGGUUGUCUGAAAUAUUCUACUGCCAGAGUACUAAAGUACUUUAAACAGUUUUCACAGGCAACAAAAGGAAGACUAGAAAUCAGUUAUUGAGACCACAAUUCAUUCUUCACAUUGGCAAACAAACUGAAAGAGAAGCAAUGUGGAAAAUGGCUGAGGAUGAAUAUAACAACUUCAAGUUUGUAAAGAUUGAGGUUGUUGAUAUUAUAUACAUAUUAAUUAUUAUCUCGAGUUUCUUGAUUUUUAUUAACAUUUAUAAUAACAAAAUGUGUGUUUUGUUAUUCGUUCGCAGACGCACAUUUUGAAGGUCCGUAUUCACUGUCAGGGCUGCAUGCACAAAGUGAAGAAACUUCUUCGAAAGAUCGAAGGGGUGUAUGAAGUGGAAAUAGAUGCUGAAGAAGACAAGGUAACAGUUACGGGAAAUGUCGACCCCACAAUAUUAAUCAAGAAAUUAGCCAAAUCUGGCAAAAACGCAGAGCUUUGGGAAACAAGCCCGAAUGACUGGAUCGAGAAUGACACAUACCUGAACGGAAUGCAGAGUCCGAUGUAUAGUUUCAAUUCCUCUGAGCUCGAGAAUUAUCUAAGCAACAAUCAGAAAGCAGAAACAGAGAUGAACGAAGAUUUCUCGGACUGGAAACAAAAUGACAUCAGCGAUAUGGAAAGUAUUACCUACACUUCACCCCAUCCAGGUUACUAUGCUCCUGCACAAUUCGACAGGCUCGAGAACUUCUACACGGGGUGGCCAGCUUAUGCGUAUCAAUACAAUUUACCUGCGAUGAUGGAUAAUAACAUGCAUGCACCGUCGUACAAUUAUACAUAUCCUGUGAUAUACACCAACAUGCAGAAUAUGUAUCCGACGAACAGCUUGAUGCAUCCACCUAACUGCUUCACUUACGAGAAUUGGAACGGUCAUACAUUCGGAAUGUAAGAUUCGACUCUAUAGUUUACAUUUGUUUCUGCUUUUGUAAGAUAUUUUAAAUUCUGGCUGGGAACUAAACGAAAUAUAUUUAG